UUUUAGUUAUGAGCUAAGAAAUAGAAGACGGACCCAAAAGAGCGAAGAGAAGAGAAAAAGUAAGAGAGAGAUGGAGGAAGCGAAGGGAGUGGUGAAGCAUGUAUUGUUAGCCGAGUUCAAGGAAGGAGUGACUGAGUCGGAGAUUGAGCAACUCAUCGGAGGCUUUGCCAACCUCGUCAAUCUCAUUGAUCCCAUGGAGUCCUUCCACUGGGGAAAGGACGUGAGCAUUGAGAACCUGCAUCAAGGUUUCACUCAUAUCUUUGAGUCCAGCUUUAAGAGUAAUGAGGCUGUUGCGGAGUAUCUAGCUCAUCCUGCCCAUGUUGAUUUUGCAAACUUGUUCCGUCCCCAUGUGGAGAAAGUCCUUGUGUUUGAUUACAAACCCACUACAGUUCGUGUCUGAAUCCGAAGAACAAAGGGUGCCUUUCAUCCUGCUGUUGCGCGCUCUUAAUGUAAUUGAACUUGUUUUCUGUGAACACUUACAUUUGAGUGUGUUCGAAAAGCUUUAUGCAAAUUGCAAUAAUAAAAUAGAUGGGCUGAUAUCAUUCCCAGUCAUUGGUUGUGUUUCAAUUUCUCACUGCA